AUGGGAGCGCCUAAAACGCUUCGGAAGCAACAGCAACAGCAGAGGCAGAGCGCCCAAAAGUUGAACCGCCGCCGCUUCCGCUUUUUGCUGGCGGCGGCUGUCCGACCAAAGAAGCGGAGGCUGCUCAGUUGGUCCAACCAACCGACCCUUCGCAUUCCUCCUCGUCGCCUCACCAUCAAGCUCGUCUACUACAACCACGAUCUAUCGGCACAAGACACCUUCACCCGCCGUCGUACGCAUAUCUCGACGCUGCGUUCAUGUCCCAUCACCGCACCUAGCCUUCUGCUCGCGCUCGCUCCAUUCGCAGCGGCUUCCUCUGGCCAACAUACCUCGCACUUAGCUACUCCGCUUUCCUUCCGGUCGCGCCACUUUGGAGGGGACGCACCGGCAGAUCGCACCUCCUCCAUGCCCUCGGCGGCCGCGCGAUCCGGCAACGGAUCUCCACCCCGCAAUGCACUUCCCCCAGCCUCUGAUGCUGCACCAACCACAUCCUCCGCAACAGCAGCAUCAUUACCACCGCCGUCUUCAUCAUCACCAGUCGUAACAUCCGCAUCCACAUCAGCAUCAGCAUCAGCAUCAGCAUCCCAAGCAGCAGCAGCAGCAGCAGCAUCCUCCUCCUCGUCUCCUCUGGCUCGCCAGAGCCCAAAGGCGCGGCCAAGACCACUCAACAACCAACACCAUCCGUAUCGGAUAGAACUGCUCGACCUCACUCCCGUAUCCGUGUCGCUCCUCUGGUCUACACGCCCGCCACCACUCUCUGCGAUCCCGCUCGAGGUCGUCAACUCUCAGCUUCGCAAGCGUGUCCGAUCACGCACUCCACACACAAGCGCCGUCCGCAGCUCCUCGCCUCACAGCACAUCCGCGCGAGCAACCGCAGUAUCCCCCUCUCCCACCUCAGCAACCUCAGCUGCCGUCAACAAGACUAGAUCCGCACCGGGCGCCCAACAUGCAUCCGACGCCAACCCCAUCUCCAAGCUCACCGACGGCCUCGUCGCCACACGCAGCUUGAAUCGCAAGGUCACCAAGAUCCGUCUUCGCGCCCCUCCCACCGUACCUGCACAGCCCCGCAGGAGCUCCAACAGUUCCGCUCCCUCGGACUCCGCACACAACUCGGCCAACGACGACGAUGCCUGGCCCUCGGACGAUGGCGCCACCGCCGUCGAUGACGAAGCAGGCUCCGCAUCCGACGCCUCGGAUUCCGGCUACGAAGGCGCAUCCGACGCACGCCAUCACAUCGCCAGCGUCUUCAAGGACCGCGUCUCGGUCACCGUCAACGGCCAAGACUGGUCGCACGUCCUCCUCGGCGAGCGCGGCUCCCACGAAGCCAUCGUCGUCAUCUUUGGCCUCGAGCCAGAGUCGGAUUACGACAUUCAAUUCUUGGUCAAAGCCGGCCUCGACGGCGCCCACGACGCUUUCCGCGCCUCCUUCCGCACCCGAGCCGAUCGGGACCCGUCCCGCUCCCUCGAAUCGUCCCCGGCACCACUCCAGUCGGCCACCUCGGCAGCCACCUCGGCCGUACGCCCCGCAUCGCCCUCGCCCCUCGGUCGCGUGCCCCUAUCCGCGCCCGAGCUCGACCCCGUCGAGCCACCUCCUCAGCGUCUCGCCGUGCUCCAAGCAGAACUCGAAGCCAGCGAGGCGCUCAAGGCGUCGCUCAUUGCAGAGGUGAAGAGAGCCCGCAAGGAGUCGUCCAAGCAGGAGGCCGGCUUGCGUCACGAGAUCGACGCCGUCAAGCGCGGCAUGGACCGCAUGAGCGCCACCGACCAUCGUAGUCGCCAAAAGGUCCUUGCACUGCAGGAGCUCAUCAAGCAGACCACCAUCCACACCAAGGAGAUCCACGAGGAGGCAGAGCAAACCGAAACCCAGCAGCCAGACUGGGAGCAGCAGGAUUCGGACAUUGGCACUCAGGUCGACGAAUUGCGCAGCGAAGUGGAAGCGGAAGAGGCUGCUGCCCAGGCGGAGUGGGAUAAGGACGAGGCGGCCCUGGCGGCGCUCGAAAAGGAGCUCAAGGCGCUCGAAGCCACCGCCAAAUCUCUCGAGACCGAGCGUGAUGAGCUCCGCGACGACAAGCUCGCCUCGGUGCACAACGACAUCCAAAAGGUCAAGGAUCAGGCCAAGGAUGCGCUCAACCGACCUCCCGGCCACGCCGGCGGCGCACGACGCGGUGGAGCCGCCGCCGUAUUCCCUGCACGUGGCGGCGGUCAUCGCCAUGCGAGCGGUCCUUCCCACACGGCCGCCUUUGCUCCCGGCGCCAAGGGCAAACAGGGCGCAAGGGGAGGCAAGGCGGGCAGCUUUGGCAAUCGCGCUGCAUCCAGUCCUGCGGCUCAAUUCGGGGCGGCGCCAAAGUCCAACAACGCUGGCUUCACCGGCGGCUUCAUGCAGAACUUCGGCAAGGGCUUCCGACGCGGCCCGGGUCACAACGCCAACCAGACGCAGAGCUUCGACGCCAUGGCCGGCGCCGGGUUCGCUGGCGCCGGUGGUCCCAGUGCAGGCGGCAUGCUUCCGCCCGGGCCUGGCUACGGUCCUGGUGGCAUGCAAGACCCCUCGAUGGUCGGAACGGGCUUUGGAGCAGGCCAGCCGUAUGGCGGGCUCGAGCCGUACUAUGGGCAACCGCAGCAGCAGGCCGGCCACUUUCCCUCGGGCGCGUCCGAGGCGAGUCAGGACGACCUGUACGACCCGACGCUGGGCUUUGAUCCGUACGAUCCGUCCAUCGAUGCUCGGCGCAGGUCGAGCCUUCCCUUGCCGCAGAUUCCGUACCAGCCGCCGCAGGCCAAGCUGCCGGCGUCGAACACCAGCACGGCUCUCAACCCGGCCAAUCCGGAGUUUGUGCCCUCGACUGGAUCCAACCACGCGUCUCCCGUGAUCAGCAAGAAUGCCUCGGCUUCGAGUGCUAGGACGACGCCCGUGACGGCGGCAUCGACUGCGCUGCCUGCACACACGGCGGUGGCGCAGUCGCCUACUGCUGGCGUCGCUUCGGUCGAGCACUCGCCGACGUCUUCGUCCAGGUUCGCCUUCCCGCUCGCACGACACCUACCUACAGCUGGCGGGGCGACGUCGUCGCUCACGAGCAAGUCGAGCUCAUCGGCGCUGGCAGCGGCUAACAGUGCUGGUGGUGGUGCGGGCGCGGGGCUGACUCUGCCGCCGGGCUCCGAUAUGAAUGUGCUGCCGUCCGGAGGGAUGGGCUCGAAUCUGUUUGCGAUGGCGCCGUCGGGCGCGGCGAGUCCGUUUGCGAGGCACUCGCCUUUGCUGCCUCAGUCGAUGGACGGUGCAGCCGGAACGGCAUUUGCAGGAGCCAGUCCGCGAUUCGGCGGUAUGGCGCUGCACAGCCAGCAGGGAUCGGGCAGCGAUGAAGCGGCGAGCUCCGGGCUUUCAUCGGCGCCUUUUGGCGCAGCAGCCAAAUUUGGGCCGCUGGAUUAUGACCCUAGUCUGGAAGGGUUUGGACCUGCACCUGGACUGGCGGGUGGACUGGGUUCGAGCGGGAAUCCGAACUUGCCGCCGUUCAGUUCGGCGGGGAUGACGUCGAUCUUUGGCGCGAGCGAUACGUGGUCUGCGCCUGGCCUGCCUGUGGGGUCUGCGCUGGGAGCUUCGACGGCGCCGUCGUCGGGGUGGUUGACGUCUUCGCCGCCGCUGGGGUCGGGCAGUGCGGCGGGUGGGGCGGGGGAUAUUUGGUCCGCGCCCGCACUGCCGGGGGUUCCGCAGCUAAGGAGCAAGAUGUCGAUGAGCGAGCUUGGUGCGACGACCAGCUCGCCGAUCGGUGCAAGUGCGGCGACGGCAAGUGCGGGAGCGGGGCAGUUCGGCGCGUUUGGAGGUGUGCGUGGGUUGGGUGCGAUUGGUCAGAGCGCCAUCGCGAGUGUGCCGUCCAGAUCGUCGCCCCUUGCCAGUCCUGUGGCGGCUAGUCCCACCACGAGGGCGAAGACGGAUGCAGAGCCCGAGCCCGCGUCCAAGCCGACAGCGGAGGAGCCGCCAGCUGCAGGCGCGGGAGAGAGCACGCACGAAUGA